AUGCAAAAGAUAUCACCAUCAGAAUCAUUAUUUAUACAGCAAGGUGUUGAAAAUAAUAUUAGAAGUGAUGGUAGAAAUCGUGUAGAUUAUAGAAAUUUUGCAAUUGAAACUGGUGAGAUUAUACAUGCAAAUGGGUCAGCAAGAGUAAAGUUAUCACAAACCGAAGUAUUGGUUGGAGUUAAAGCAGAGAUUACACAUAUUCAAUCAGAGAUCACAUCAAAUUUACAACAAUCAGAUACAUCAAAGAGAUUAGUAUUCUCGGUGAAUUGUUGUCCAUCAGCAUCACCAGAAUUUGAAGGAAAAGGAUCAGAAUUUUUAAAUAUAGAAUUAUCAAAACAAUUAGAAAGAUUAUAUUCACAUCCAAAUGUUAUUAAAAAUUUAAAAUUAACAAAUCCAAUUAUAUCAAAUAAUAAUAAUAAUAAUAAUAAAAUAAAAGAAGCAGAGGAGGGAAAAGAAAAAGAAAAAGAAGGAGAUAUUAUAACAAAUAGUGGUGAUGAUAAUUGUUUUUCAAUUGUUUCAGGUAAAUAUUAUUGGACAUUAUAUGUUGAUGCAAUUGUUUUGGAUUCAGAUGGUAAUUUAUUUGAUGCAUUAUCAAUUGCAUGUAGAUCUGCCUUACAAAAUACAAGAAUACCAAGAGUGAAAGCAAUUCAAGGCGAAUAUGAAGAGAUUACAUUUGAAGUGUCUGACGACCCAGAAGAUACAUUAUCAUUAUCAAUUGAUAAUGUACCAAUUUGUGUCACUCUAACAAAGAUUGGUAAUCAAUUCGUAAUCGAUACGACAUUACAAGAAGAACUUUGUAUGAAUGCUCGUUUAACCGUUGGUGUUAAUUCACUUGCAAACAUUUGUAGUAUUCAAAAAGGUGGUAUCGAUGGUUUAGAUCCAACUACAAUAAAUCAAAUGAUAAAUACUGCAAAAGUAGUUGGUGUUAAAAUUUUAAAUAUAAUGGAUAAAACUCUAAAAGAAAUUUCAAAUUAA